ACAAAAUAUCGCUACUAAAUUUUAUCGCAGAGUAAUUUUUACUACUCAUUCUUUUAUUCCUUCUCUUGUAUUAUCCAAGGGACCUUUUAGCUGACGGCUGCCUCUCUAGUUGGGACUUGUGAAUUUGAAGGUUUCCCGUGGAAAAAGCCGGCAAUCUCAUGGAUUAUUAUCGUUAAUAUUUUUGAUAUAUAUGCUAGAGUCGUAUUAAGUAGCCGAAAUUAUCUUCUGGUUGCUCUGUGAAGUAAGAUUGCUGAUUUUUCAAUUUUCGGAGCGAUUCGUCACGAUUUUGGGUAUUAUACUGAAUUAAUGAAUCAUAGAAUGGAUAGGAUGUCGAUGGAUUCGUUUAGGAGUGGUGUGAAACUCUCAAAAAGCGCCCCGUUUGGGAGUCCAUCUGGAGGCUCGCUGAAUGGAAGCUCCAGAAAUUCUCUAGACAGUAUAAUUACAGGUCAUAAUGAUGAAGAAAGAGAUUCUAUAUGGUAUAAAAUUAGGAAAAUGAAAAAGAAGGGUCUCUGUAUGAACUGUGAAAAGAGCAAGUGGAAGAACCACGAAUUUCAAGUAUGCUCAGAAUGCUACAAGAAAUGUGCAAGACUAAAAUGUGUGCACUGUAAGGAAGAGUUUUCAAACCAUAGGUACUGCAAAAAGGCGGAAUCAAUCUACAAAAAGACGGUAUGCAUGAACUGUGCAUACCAAACGUCCAUCCACAGCAAUGAUCCAAGGCUAUGUAAAUACUGCAGCGCAUGGGCAGCGUGGAAUAGUGACUCUGUUUGUACCCGUUGUAGCAAUUUUUACGAAAAGUUUGGAGCUCCCAUGAACUGUGAGUCUUGCGGAAACAACUCCGCAUUCAACAGAGGCCAAGAGUCAAGAGAUAAAGUUGGAGGUAUCCGUCUCUGUUUCCUAUGCACCUAUGAUUUUAAAAAGAAUGAUUAUUAUAUUAAAAGAAGAAUAAUAUCCUCAACAAAGGGGCGCAGCAGCCCAGAAGAUAAAUCUAUGCAAGGAGAUGAUGUCUCUAAAUUGACGAAACAGGUCAAGGAAUUACAAGGGACAAUUGAUACACUAAAGAGCACAAUAGAUGCUCUAAACAAAACAAAUAAAGAGUUGGAAAGUAAAUAUAAUAAGUUGUUGGAAGAAUAUAAUGGGAUUAGCAAUGCCGCUCCCUAAUUGUGUAAAUUUGAAAAAUGUGUUUAUGGAAAUUUUUAGAACAGUGAACAAUCAGUUUUUC